AUGACCGAAGAGAUUCUCGCACCAACAUCUUCUCCGUCAAAUGAAGAGCCACGUGAUGAGGCUUACACUUCGACAUCAUCUCUUUCAGACGACAAAUCACACAAUGAGGUUUCUAAUACCCAAUCAAAACAAGAGCUCACCAACCAAUCUGAACAAUUGACUCUCACAACUAAUCAUCGUACCUUUGCACCAUUAAAUACUCCUUUGUAUCGUCGACGACAAACGUUAACUAUUCUUGUUUGGUUCACUGUGCCAUGGAUUUGUCUUUACAUAUCAUUCGUUCUUCUUCGUUGUCAUAAUUGGUAUAUUGUUGCCAGUUUUAUAGCUUAUUUAACAUGGAUGGUCUUUUUUCAAACAUUUUCACGACGAGG